AUGAAAUCCACAACAAUGAAAUUGCCCGAGGGGCAUGGAAGCGUCUACAAAGAGGUUCGGUUUUCGCCGACUGCGACGCCUCUUCGUCGCGCAAAGUCCGUUGCUGGUAGCACGCCCUCCAUGAAUUCUAAAUAUCAACACGUCUCGUCCACACAGGUCCCCACCGACGGCAUUUUCUCUAUAGACACAUCAUAUAUUGAUCAAUCACGACAGCUCCUCCAGAGCCAACGUGUAAAUUUCGAGACAGAAAGGGAGCUAUUUGCUCAGGAGCGACGGCUAUGGGAGAAGGAACGGGCGCUUUUGCGGGCAAAGAUCGCGGAGCUAGAAUCAUGGUUAAAAUCACAACGAAGCCAGUCGAGCAUCUCUGGAUCACAACCUCCCAAACUGGCCUUCGGGACUCCACAGUAUCAAGGGACAAACAAUGGCCUCCUCCAUUCAGCGCAGGUGUGGGAAGGGUCAAGUCCAGGAGGUCGACCGACGAGGGUCUUUCAAGAUGAAGACAAGUCAGACAACAGUCGCCUAUCUAUGAUCACCGAAGGGAGGGGCAGUAACCCUCCAUCCCUGGAUGCGGCACUUUCGCCUCGGGCGCGGGCAGUGGACGCCUUGGGGCCAACUGUCAGUGUGCCCGUGCCGAUCGAGAAGCUCGACAGCCGCCUGGAUGGCAUUACUCUGAAGUCAACAGCUUUGCCACCUGGGGUAGUGGCCAGAGUAAUCACCCCGCCAUCCCCGUCGCCCCUGGAGACCUCCCCUGCUCCAGCCUCCGCCCUUUCAGUCGCUGCAAGGCCAGACAUGGAACACCGAAACAGUCUCAAACUGAAGCUGUCAGAACUCGGCCCACCUAAUGAGAACCUUGUGAGAAACGCUGGGCACACCCCGAUGGCGAUCAUCGAGGCGGAUAUCAGCCAACGCUCUACCCAGGAGGCUUCUCCUAUUACCGAGGUCCUUCCGUGCGAGGAAGAGGAAGCCCCUCUGGCGCCUGUGGUCACAGAGGUCCACCAGCCAACUGAAAAUGCUGAGUCCUAUUUUCCCGAUUUGCCUGACGAUCCUGCCCUCAAAGGGCCUCUCGGACUCACCAACGACAAGGAGCAUGACAACAGUUUCUUGCAUGAGUUGGACCAGAAACUCCUGGACCAGGCCAAGCGCAUCCUUUCCAGCUCGGUGGAGUCUGUUGAUCCCAAUGAGCCGGACCCGGAGCUACCUCACCAGAGCGAACAAGAGCCAGAAAUCAAAUUCAGGAACGCAACCAAUUUUGGCACUGCAUUUGGACUAUCAAGCUUUGGCAAAUUCUGA